AUGACGUACCAGGACUUACCAUCGCGUCAAAAAUCACAACGUCUUCUCAAUAGGAUGAGGAGCCAACAGCAACAGUUUCAACAAUACAAACAGAAGGCCAAAAAUAUCACUAAUGCAAACGAAUUAUUGCCUGGGUUGAACGAUAUUUCCGAUGCGUUCGAAGCGUUACCGUUGGAUUUGAUUAAAUAUUUUACGCUUCUCAAGGAGAUAGACGCCAAGUACAUCAAUACGGUGCCGGUGAUCAAUGGGAAUAUCAAGAAUUACAUCGAAAGGUUGCAUGUCAAUAAGAAUAGCGCGGCGGACAUGAAGGAGAUGAACAAGCGCACCAAGAUCAACAAGUUGACGGUGAUACGGGACAAAAUACACGAGAUCAUUCCAUGUUUGGAGGAGAAGAUGCACGUCACGUCGGUGGCGACGGAUUUGAUGCACAAGCAUCUUUAUAGGAUCAAUGGGGACUACAAGUUGAUCGUGAACAACAAUGAGAUUCCGGAGUCGAUUCGAAUCGGGCCUUUGAACCAUCCAGCGAUGAUUAUGGAUUCUGCGGGCUCAGUGGACGCCAAUGGCAACUUGUCGGCGCAAUCGCAGAGAAGCGAGAGCAGAAGAGAGGCACUUGCGGCCAAGAAAGCCCACAAAGACCAAUACGACGACGACGAACCAAAGAAGAGACGGGCAAUGGGUAACAAGGAGGUAUCUCCUUCAAGCGAUGUUCCUCAGACGUCGAAACCAGCACCUAGCUCCAAGAAGCGGUCCAGAAAGGAUCAUGAAGAAUUGUCGUCGAGAUCCGACACUCCAUCCUUGUCGAGUGUACUUAGCGGCCCUAACAAAAAGAGAAACACCGCAAAGCCUAAGAAAGAUGAAAAGGAUGUUGUCAACGACCAUACAAACCCAGGUCCUGGCCAAGCAUCGUAUAACAGCAACGAGCCCACAUAUUGUUACUGUAACCAGGUCUCGUUUGGUGAAAUGGUGGGGUGUGACGGAGACGAUUGUAAGAGAGAAUGGUUCCAUUUGCCUUGUAUCGGGUUCAAAAAUCCUCCUAAGGGUAAAUGGUACUGUGAUGACUGUCUCUUGAAAAUGAAGAAGCUCAAGAAGGUAUAA